AUGGCCGCUUCGCACCCAACAGCAAGGCGCACGGCCUCCAGUUUCCUAACCCUGGCCAAUCCCAACACUGAAGCGCAGGUCGCUCAGUACGAACGUAAAGACCCCUUAGAGGACCUGGCGACUGCAGCGGCGAUCUUGGACGAUGAUGAUGAGAACUGGGUGCAGCCCGCGGGGACGUCGGCUGAUUUUUACACCAACUUUUCUGGGGUGAAUGAACAUACAUCAAUAAACUAUAAGGACUUUGUUAACUUUUCUGAUAUUUUCCAAUCUAAUGAAGAAUAUUUCAAGAAACUAGAAGAACUGAAGACUGCCCACAUAGAAAGUAUGGCAAAAUUAGAGAAAAUGUACCAGGAUAAAUUAAAGAUAAAGGGAGUUCAGCCAGCGAUGGUCAAGGAAGAUACUGUUAGUGACUCUUCUGGAUCUGUAUCAGAAAAGAACUCCUGUCACCCUGUCUCCUUAAAGGCAUCGCUUUCUGAGCCUGAUUUAGGCCAGUCUUCCUCCUUGUAUACUUCUUCCUCUGAAGAGGAAUUGUCCAACCAAGAAAAAGAGUAUCCUGGGAAAGAUAGAAUGACCUUUGCAAAGGAGCUCAUCAACAACAUGUGGACAGACUUUUCUGUGGAAGAUUACAUUCAGUGUAAAAAUACUGACUUCAAAGCAGCUGGAAAAAAAAGGAAGAAACCAAAAAAAUGGGUGCCCACAAUUACAGUACCUGAGCCUUUUCAAAUGAUGAUUAGAGAACAGAAGAAAAAAGAGGCCAUGAAAUCUAAAUCAGACGUUGAAAUGGCACAUAAACUGCUCGAAAAACAAGAGGAAGAUCCAGAGUGUAAGAAGAAAUUCCGAGCCAAUCCAGUUCCUGAAUUUGUCUUUCUUCCCCUUUAUCGUGAUUUAGUCAAGCAAAAGGAAGAGCGGAGGAGGGCUCAGAAAGAGAAAAACAAAGCAGCUCUUUUAGCCUCACAAAAGCCAUUUAAAUUUAUUGCAAGGGAGGAACAGAAGCAAGCAGCCCGGGAAAAGCAGCUAAGAGACUUUUUUAAGUCUAAAAAGAAGACAAAUCGAUUUAAAGCCAGACCCUUACCCCAAUCUAUUUAUGCUUCAAUUACCAGUGACAAGUUAAAAGAAGAAGAGCUCUGGGAAAACAUUAGGGCACAGCUGAGAGCCCAAGAGCUUUUACAGAAUUCAUCCUCUGGGCCUUGUACGUCAACUUGCAGACCCAGGAACCCCAAGUGUCCAGAACAGGCUGUAAAAUCGAAGGGUAAACAUAAGGUUAAGUGCCGGACUUCUGAUAUUGAAGACCUUCCUGAGAGAUAUCAGAAACAAUUCCCAGAAGACAAGUGCCCAAAAGUGUUAACAGUCUGUCAACCAUUUGAUCUUCGUGCAUCUUCUUGUGCAUCUACUAAAAGAGAGAAAAUUUUGGCAGACAUUGAAGCAGAUGAAGAAAAUUUAAAAGAAACACGUUGGCCUUAUUUGUCUCCAAGGCGUAAGUCACGUGCAAGUGCAAAGCCUUCGCCUUGUAGCUGUAACCCUCCAAUGUCCACAGAAUCUUCCAGAGGACGAGAACAAGCCAUAAGGAGAUCACUUGAGGAAAAGAAAAUGUUGGAAGAAGAGAGAAAUCGGAUCCUAACUAAGCAGAAGCAAAGAAUGAAAGAAUUGCAGAAACUCCUGACAACUCGGGCUAAGGCUUAUGACUCACAUCAAAGUUUAGCUCAAAUGUCUAAAUCCAGAGUAAAAUAUCUCAGAAAGAGUGAAAAGGAAAGGAUGAAAGAAUAUCAACGAGAACUAGAAGAAAGAGAAGAAAAAUUAAAAAACAGGCCACUACUAUUUGAAAGAGUCGCUCAGAAAAAUGCAAGAAUGGCAGCAGAAAAGCAUUAUUCUAACACGCUAAAAGCACUAGGAAUAUCUGAUGAGUUUGUUUCAAAGAAAGGCCAAAGAGGAAAAGUAUUUGAGUACCUCAGCAAUCAAGAGAUGAAAAGUUUCACUGAAGAUAAAGAAAGCUUUAAUGAAGAAGAAAAAAUAGAAGAAAGAGAGAAUGAAGAAGAACAUUAUCUUGUUGAUACCAACAGCCAGGAUUCUUGCAAGGAAAAAGAUGAAGCUGAUGAAGAAAGUGGAGAAGAGAAAUCCGUUGAAGAAUAAAACUGAAUCAGCAAGGCCUCCUCUCUAUGCCCUUGCUGUUGUUUAUAGUAUCGGGGAGUCAGCAGCCACAUUUGUGAGGUUAAGAACAUCUAGGGGACACCUCCACACUAUGCAGGGCAGUUGAUUUCGCAAACCCAUUUGUAGCCUGAAAGCUGAUGGGUCAUUGGUCAGUUAGAGUAAGAAAGGCUUUGCCUAUUCAGUUGCAGUGAUUACUACAUGUGGUCUGUUUACAACUGUGAUCUUCCUUGUAUUUUUAAAAAGUGUUUGAGAAUCACAGCUGUCACAAACUGAUUAGUUAUAAAAAUAUACAUCAUUAUUUUUGGUGGAAAAAAAUGGCUUAGUAUUGAAAGCAGAAAGAAGGAUUGGCCUUUGGUGAUUUCUUUUUUAA